UGCGCCGCGCCCGCCGCCAGCUAGCUCCGAACACAUACAGACAGCUCACAACAUCAGUGGCGUUCGUUGCAACAUUUUCCCCGACAUUUUUAUUUCUCUUUUAUCGAUUAUUUGGGACGGAAUCGCUGAAAGAAAUUUAUCCAUAUUGAGAUUUUUUUCGCAGGUACGGACCUCAAAUUUGUUACCAUUAGGCCUUCAUAUAAAAAAGUGGCAGACGGUUUGACAGUAGCCAGGAGGAAAUUGACAGUUUCCGAGAAAGAUACCAAGGUGUAUACCAAUCAUCGGAGUAGCCAUGAAGUUAAUGGUGAUCUGCAUAGUUGUCUACCUGAGCCUAUGUGUGGGUCUACUUCCUCAGUGUACCAAAGGAUCACCUACCUCGGGGAUCAAGCCUUUCCCGAAGGAAUGCAUUUUCGUCAGUGAUACCUUUAUAGAUUGUCGCCAUCGGGACCUGAGGACCAUACCUUCUGGUUUUCCAGAGACCGUCGAGACCCUUCUCCUCUCCUACAACUCCAUCCAUGUAAUCACGAACGAAUCGUUCCACGGCCUUGUAAACUUAGUCACCCUGGAGCUCCACCAUAACAGCAUCUCCAAGCUUCAAUCAGAUUUCUUCAAAGACCAGGCGAAGCUGCGGUACCUGUCGCUCAGUCAUAACCAGAUAGGAGAUAAGCUUCCAGACGAUGCCUUCGAGCAUUUACCUGCUCUAGAGGUCCUUGAUCUAUCGUACAUGAACCACGGUUUUACUGUACUUCCUCUAGCUCUGCAGCAGUUGAUCCAUUUGCGCUCGCUAAAUGUUUCAUCAAAUCGCCUGCAGUCUGCAGGUUUCACACCCGGCGUUGCCUUUCCUGCUCUUCUGGAACUACGUCUUGGAAAAAACCAAAUCCAAUCAUUACAGAAUGAAGAUUUCAAGGCAUUGCUGAAUUGUAAUCUUGACUUUCUAGAUCUGACCGAAAAUCAGAUUUCAGCUAUCGAUAGUGGCGUUUUUCACCCUAUAGCAUCGAUUGCUGAACUUGAUUUCUCAAAGGGACUUCGUCCUGCUGCAAUACCCUCUUUAGCGGAAGCUCUUACAGACUACCAAGUCGAUGCUCUCUACCUCAGAGAGAUUGGGCUUGAAAUAUGGAACAGCAACAACUUCAAGUACUUGCGCAAUUCGUCUCUUGAAAAGCUUGACAUUUCGUUUAAUAACAUCACAACUUUGGAUUCAGGAUUUUCAGGACUCUCGAAUAUUUCAUCUCUGAUUAUUCAGAGCAGUCAUGUGGCUCACAUUAGCAAUACAGCAUUUUCCGGUCUUGAGCUUGUAGUAACCCUUGAUCUUAGUGGCAAUGAUAUCGCAGCUAUUACCGAUGGAAUGUUUUCUUCUCUAUCCAACACGAGACUUAAGACACUUUACCUAGACAACAACAAGAUAAAACGUAUUGAUGCUUCAGGAGGAUUUACUGGCCUUUCUAAUCUCCACUACCUGAAAAUUUCGAAAAAUAAGAUUGAACAAAACUUCAUUGGUGAUGAAUUCAAAGACCUUGAUUCGCUAGAAGUUCUCGAUAUGGGGGUCAACCGUAAUAUUUCGUUAUCGCCCGAUGCUUUUCGACUAUUGAAAAAUCUCCAGACACUGUAUCUCAAUCUAGCCAACCUGAAAAAUAUAACUGUUGUCCCAUCUCCUUUCAAUAAAUUAUCCAGCCUUAAGAAACUUGAUUUAAGCAACAACAACAUGGCUGCACUUCACAAGGACACUCUUUCGAAUUUGUCCAACCUCGAGACGGUAUACCUCCAACACAAUAACCUUUAUAACAUGUGGAAUGAGACUGUUUACGUUCCAUUCUUGAAAUACCUUCGACGGCUCAAACACUUGAAUCUGUGUUUCAACGGAUUUCAAAAUAUCCCGAAUGAUUCCUUGAGUAGUCUGCCCGAACUUGAAACCCUUCUCCUGUGUCACAACAAGAUAUCACAACUCCAGGAUGGCAUCUUAGAUGGCCUGCCACUGACUACGUUGGAUCUUGGGUACAAUGAGAUUAACCUUAUAAACCAGACGCUCAUCGAACCCUUACAAGGAUCACUUCAGAUCCUGGCAGUCUCAGGAAAUCCUUUUUCCUGCGGGUGUAAUCUUCAGUGGUUCAGGAAUUGGCUCGAUGUGACCAAGGUUCAUGUCAAUGACAGCAGCCACAUGAAAUGCGCGUCGCCACCGGAAAUGCGGGGGAAACUCGUCAUGGACUUCCAUCCCGAAAGUCUCAACUGUGACCAUCUACUACCGUUUUACAUCUGGAUCAUCAUCGGCGUCGGGUCGGGUAUGGUCUUCGUCAUCGUCGGUCUGUCCGUAAAGUUCCGGUUCCACAUCAACUACUGCUGGAACCUGGUCAAUGCAAGGAGGAGAAAGUAUCAGCGUAUCAAAGGAGAGGAUCGACCAUUCCUGUAUGAUGCUUUUGUAUCUUUCAGCAGCAAGGAUGAGGAUUGGGUCAAAAAUGAACUGGUUCAAAAUCUUGAAGGUGAAAAUGGCUUCCGGCUGUGUCUCCACGAUCGCGACUUCAUCUUGGGCAGGAAGAUCCUCGACAGCAUCGUCGAGGCCGUUGAUAGCAGCCGUUUCACCCUCUGCAUCAUGUCGACCAACUACCUCGACAGCCACUGGUGCAAGAUGGAACGGGAGUUCGCGAUGGCCAACCUGAUCGAUCGCGAUGUCCUCAUCAUCAUCGCCCUCGGUGAGAUCCCCGAGAAGAAACUCACCAAGUACUACAAGCUGCACAGGCUGAUGAUGAAGCGGACGUACCUGGCGUGGCCCGACGAACCGGGCGUCAGAAGAAACGAUUUCUGGGUGAAGCUACGUACCGUGCUGAGGGAACCGGAAUUACGCGUCAAUAAUAACGUCAGCAUAUAGCAAAGUCUGUAAACAUUCUUAAUAAUCCAAGUAGACUUGAUCAUGUCCUUAUUAGAAAAUAAAAACACUUGUCAGCUGGACUUAUUUUAUCUUCUUCUUUUUUUUGCAACGUGUAACUUCUUCAGCCCGAAUGAUCUUUGACGACAAAUUGUUGGUUACCAAUGAGGGGGUCGGAUCAUUCAGAAAGCGCCGAUACGAGGAAUCUUUCAGAUUUUCACAUUUUUAAACUGCGACUGGGAGCGUCGCACUUUGGAAAACAAUAAAAAUAAGUCCAGCUCAUAACUUAAUUUUUUUGUCACUUUGUAGGCCUACAUAAUAAGCACAUAUCCGAGUAAUUACAAUGUAUAUUUAGGUCUGUGUGCUUAUUAAUUAUUGUUUUUAGUGGCCCAGACAUGGAGAAGUGUGUGCGCAGCGCUUUGUAGCCGAAAGUAAAAGGCGCUAUAUCAAAUGACAUUUGGAUUGGAUUGUGCUUACGAGCCGUCAUGUUGUUGCACUGGCAUCGCUUUUUUGGCAUCAUUAAUUAUCUGUUAAAUUCACAUCAAUCCACAAAAAUCAGUGCCGAUAUUGAGUUAUUAUUGUCUUUUCUUUUCAUGAUAAUCGUGAAGGGGGUUAGAGCACUGAGUGUAGACCUACCACCUAGUGCACGUAUUGACACAUCGGAUGAAGUUUCCCCAUUUAAGAUGUUACCAUUGAGCCUAGAUUUCUAACCGAAAAAAUAUUUGAGGUGAUAUACCUGUUAAAUUCAAACGGAACUUCAUAUGAACGCUGUCAUCCGAGAGAGAGAGGGGGGGGGGGGGGAGAAAAGUGGUAAUGAUUUUUAAAUGUUCCAUAAUAAUAAAUUCUGCAUUUCUAUGAGCACGCAGAUAUCAAGGUGACUCGUUUCACGUGAAGCAGAUCUAACAAUAUUUCUGCUACUAAUCAUUAUUGUUGAUAAGGAAAUAUCAUUUUAGUGCAAUAUAUAAUUUAAGCAUCAUCUCUCAUGAUCUUGUUGACUUCAUAUUCUUGUCACAUUAUUAUUUGGUUUUCAAUUCAAAAGUAUUGAAAAUCUCUACGUCUACUCCCCAGAGACGACAUAGUCAUGAAAUGAAGUUACAUUUUGUAUUAUGUCGUACGUAAUAUUUAGAGCCGAAAUACAUUUUUCUGUAAACUCUCAAUAAGACACAAUCUUUCAUUCUUAUAGCACCGAUUUAAACAACACUGCCAGCUUAUGUACAUUUUGUGUUCAAUAUUUCUAUUAGAAUAGUCAUAUUUAUUGUUUGUUAUUUGUAAUAUGUACUAUUAUAUAUAUAUAUAUAUUACUCGGAAAGGAGUGUGUAAGACCCCAUUUUAAAUCUGACGCUGUAUCCUGGUGAGUUUUAAACACGAACUCCCUAUAUGCGCCCGACCGUCAUACCAACCCUGUGUAUCAAAACAUAGGUUUCCGGUGUCAGCUCAUUCUCUUCUGGGGCUGGUGGGGUUUCCCCCACCCCCUUUUUUAGUGCAAGUUUUAACUGAUUUCUUAUUAUAAAUGUAAUCAUUAUAAUGCUUUAGCUAGUUUUUAUUGUAAAUGUUAUAUUACAUUGAACCUUGA